GCCCAGUCGCGUCCUUGCCUCGUGUGAGUGCACAUCCUCGUCCUGAUGUCUGCCACGUCGCGGGGGCGAUGCGGUCCUGCGGCCGGAGGGAUGCGCGCGAUACUUAUCCUUCUGCUUGUGUUUGUCUCAGGAUGCAGGUGCCAGGCAGACCAAAGCGACAUACGGAGACGGGAGGUGGUGCAAGGGGGCAACAUCACUCUCACAUGUUACGCCGAGCCAGGGCAUCUACGUACGUACCGCUGGGUGUACAUUCGCUCCGACACUCGCCUGCCGCAGGUUCUUAGCGCAGGGAGGCGGCUUGUCAUCGGGGAGCAGAGGUUCAAACUCGUCACAAAGGUCGAGGACGAGCGGGUGGCCCUCCAGCUGCAGCUCUCCGACGUGCAGCUCCUCGACUCCGGCCUCUUCAUGUGCUGGCGGAAAGGCGUUCGUCCAGACCCACAGAUUCUCCUGACGGUGCUAGAGCCCGGCACAUCCUCAGAGCAACAGGUGAUCACACAGCUGUCAGGCCCGACCGAGGUGCAGUAUGGUGAAUCCCCUGUUUUCACCUGCAACAUCAAACCUGCUUGGCCAGUCAAGGUGACCUGGCUCAAGAACGGCGCCGAGAUCCCCGCGACGGCCAGGGUCUUCACGCAGAAGGUGCAGCGCGUGGCGGCCGAGGACGGGGACGGCGAGAUCCUGCAGGCGACGCUUUUCGUGGACUCCAUCAGAGACAGCGAGACUUUCACCUGCCGCAUCGAGACGGAGCCGCCGGAGGAGCGGAGCGUCCACGUCGCCGUCAGAGUGGCGCGCGUGCAGUCGCUGACGGCGGAGCCAGACAAGGACACGGUGGAGUACGGGCAGCCCCUCAAGCUCACCUGCGUCGUCUCGGGCACGAAGUCGGAGGUAGUGUGGCUGAAGGACGGAGCCGAGAUGGCGUUCGGCCCCUCUGUCCUCGGGAGGGAGAAGGUGUCGACGGAGCGCCCCGGGGACACCAUCGCCUCCACCAUCUACAUCGACGCCGUCUCCUUCAGCGACAACGGCCACUACGUCUGCUACGUCCCGGGAGCCUCCAAGAACAUGCUCAUCAACAUCGAAGGUCGACCUCCGAGAUUAUUAGGCGUGACAGGAGGGAACUUCUUCGAGGACGAGCCGCUCACACUCCGCUGCUCCACGCAAUACGUCAAACAUAAUCAGAGAUCGCCCGUCACGUGGAACUUCGAAGGCCUGCCCUUGGACCCGCACGUGUACGGGGCGAGGGUCGAGCAGAACGAGUACAACGUGACGGUCCACGAGCUGCUCAUCCCCGUCGGCCGAUCUCACCACACGGGCACCUACGAGUGCGUGACGCCCUUCGGCAGCGCCAGCAUCUACGUCGACCUCUUCGUCCCUCCGUCCCUGGGGGAGCCCCUGCCGUCGGAGGUGGAGGUGGAGGAGGGCCGCCCCCUGGAGGUGCCCUGCAGCGCCGUCGGCAGGCCCGUGCCCUCCGUGCAGUGGGAGAAGCUGGUUGAGGACACGUGGGUGCCGGCCUCUGAGCUGGAGGGCGUGGACGCGAGGCCGGACGGGCUCCUGAGAAUCCAAUCCGCCAGGCUCGAGCACGCCGGCGACUUCCGCUGCGCCGCCAGGAGCGAGGCUGGGUCCUUCCUCGCCGGGAUGCUCCUCCGCGUCGAUCGCAUCCCCGCCGAAGUGGUCGAGAUGAUGUCGCCCGAAGACGUGAUGGAGGGAGACAACUUCACUGUCCUCUGCACUGUUGCCAACUUCAUCGGGCCGGUCGAUUUCUGGUUCAACGGCGCCCCGAUCGACACAGCCCUGCAGCCGAGGUACAGCAUGGAGACAUACCUGCGCGAUGACGGCUUAAUGAACGUGUAUCUGACGGUGCAGGAGGCCACGCUGGAGGACUCUGGCUUCUACGAGUGCCACGCAGGACCUGAAUCAUCCCUCACCACAGACGUCAUGGUGCAGAAGCGACCGUGGGAAGUCCUUGAUUUAAAAGCUUCGCACGCGAUACUGGGGCAAGAUUUCUUCCUGAGCUGCACCGUUAAGGACUGGCCGAGGAAGGUCACCUUCUACCACAACGGCAACGCGAUCAGCGAGCGCGACGACGCCCGCUACACCGUGCACGCCCCCGACGCCCGCGAGGAGGAGGGCGCGCCCCUCACGCACGUCAUGAAGGUGGCGGCGGCGAGGUCCGAGGACGAGGGCGUCUACCAGUGCUCCCUCGACGGCUACAGCUCCGCCUCCGUCGCCGUCGUCGUGGAAGAGCCUCGAGAGGAAGUUCUGGGAAUCGCCGCGUCCGCAGCCGUCCUCGGCAGAGACUUCAACAUCACGUGCCAAGUCAAAAACUGGGACAAUGAUGUGACCUUCGUGCACAACAACGUGGUGGUCGAGCCCGAGCGAGAGUGGCGCUACGAGGUGUCCAAGCUCCCCGGAGAGCGGCCCGAGAUCAGCUCCCACGUGCUCACCGUCACGAGCGCCUCCCUCGACGACUCGGGCUACUACGAGUGCUACACGAGCCCCAUGGCCUUCGAUGCCGUCGCCGUCGAGGUCUGGAGGGAGGCAGACGUGACGCUGGAGCUGCAGACCCUUGACCGCCCCAACUGGAUGGACGCUCCCAUUCCCCUGAACUGCAAAGUCGAAGGCGUGGAUCCGAACAAAGUGACAAUAAUGUUCUUGCAAGAGGACACGCCUCGGGUCGCGAUCCAGAACAAGACCAAGAUGUCGACCUCGAAUGACCUGGUUUACAUCACCAUCACGGAGAAACCCGACUCCCCCGAGGUGCCAGAGACCACCUUCACCCUCGGUUUCUACUCCCUCAGCCACAACCACUCGGGUUUCUGGUCGUGUGAGGUCCUGCACCCCAGCGGCGCGUCCUUGGGGAAGGCUUUGCUCUUCCUCGAAGUCGCUGACAUACCGCAGUUCGCAGUGAAACCCCCUGAAGAAGUCUUCGAAGACCUGGGCGAGGACCUUUACCUCCACUGCUCCACUUCGGGCCCGAGUGACGCCUCCGUCGCCUGGUUCAGGAAGGGCAUCCCGGAGCCCAUCGUUUCGCACCCGCAGUCGGCGUCGCUCUUCAUCCCCGGCUUCACGAGCACCGACGAGGGCGAAUACUACUGCCAGGCGAGCCUCCACGACCGAGAGAUCAGGGCGGAGACGGUCCUGAGGCUCAGAACCGCGCAGCCGAAGGUGGAGUCGGUCACAACGACGCCUGGCGUGGAGGGGGAGGACCUCACCAUCACAUGUACCGUGUCCCGCUGGAAUGAACAGGUACUCUUCUUCAUCAACGGCGAGGCAGCGGAUCCCGAAACUUCCUCCCGGUACAGCGUGCAGCGUCAGCCCGGUCCCAGUGAGGAGUCAGUAGUCCACACCCUGACGGUACACGACGCCCGGCUGGAGGACGCGGGUGUGGCAGAGUGCUUCAUCAGCCUCGAAGAGUUCGAUUCCGCCCUCGUCGAAGUGGCAGAGGCGGGUUCAGCUCCGCCCACUCGACCCCCCACCGAUGACCUAGGCUUCGAGGAGCCCACCCUGCCCCCCGGAAGGAUCAUUGACCUCGUUGGACCUGCUUUGGUGGAGGCCGGGUCAACGCUCACGCUGACCUGCCUAGUCAGCCCCGUUAUGCAGGAGGAAGUGGUGCUGACCCACGACGUGUUCCUCCUGACCGUGGGCGACCUGCGCAUCACCACCGACCCUCGCGUGGAUGUCGUUUCGGGAACCAGCGGCGACGGAACCAGACUCGUCUUCCUCAACAUCGCGCAGGUGCGGCCCGAGGACGGCGGCGAGUACCGGUGCGACACGUCCACGGAGCCGCCCGCCUCCGCCACCUGGAUCGUCAGCGUCGUCCCGGCCGGCGCGCUCGCAGCCCCGGCGACCACAGCAGUGCCACCCACAACGCCGACGUCAACUGAAGAAUACGAUUAUGAAGAUCUUCCCCCAGGCAUCAACGCUACACUGGGGAAGGAGAAGGAGGAGGAGGAGGAGAAGAAGGAGGAGGAGGACUACGAGAUUGGAAAAGAUCUUCCCCCAGGCAUCAACGCUACACUGGGGAAGGAGAAGGAGGAGGAGGGAGGAGGAGAAGGAGGAGGAGGGCGAGAUUGGAAAAGAAUGCACGCUACCCGAGCGGUGGGAGGGAGAGUGGACGGAACCCAAGAUGAAGACUUCGCUCACCAUCACGAGAAGCACGUUCGGAAAGGGCUCUUGCGUCGCCGCCCUGCCUGACAACGACGCCUUUCUG